UUGGUACAUUGUGUUAGAGAACAAUGUAUUAUUCAAUAUAAUAAAAGCUUUUUCAAUAAUAAAGCCUAUGCUACAAUGACAAUUUAACACAGAAUAAAAUUCUAAGAUUAUCUUUGCUUGCAUAUUAUAAAGAGAUCAGACAUCACUUUUUAUGUAGCAAUUGGCCAUAAUAAUGUUUAAUGUAAAUUGAAACCUGUAACCCUAACAUCGGUGAAGCUUUAAUUUGAUAAGAAAUUAAAAAAAAGUUCAAUAUUGUCAGUUACUCAGCUCGAUAUUUGAGCAAAAUACAAAAUAUGGUGAGAUUCACAUUAAUUUGUCAGAAUUUCUUAUAAAUCAAUGCUUUCCAUUCAACCAAUGCUGACAGUUUCAAAUAAAACUCCCCAUAUUCUACUAGACCAUGCAAACUGAGUUAAACGAUCACUUUGUUGUUUUUUGAUUCAAUAAACAUAGCUUCUUUCAACAAGGCUUCACUAUCAAUAAAAAUCCGCAGAUUCAAAUAUUGCGCGCCACAAGAAACCAAGAUUACGAAUCCACUGCUUCCAACUUCAGUAUGAUUUGAAACAUUUCCAUAUUCUAAUAAUAAUUUUAGAUUGAGUUGUGAUAGAAAUUGUCAAAUAUAUCUUUAGCCAAUUAUUAAAAAAAAUAUUGGAGUCAGAAAAGAAAAACUAGAAGACUAGAAACUAGAAAGUUUGGCAGCACUGUCAUUUGCGAUUCAGAAUUCAAUUCGGUUAUCAGUGGUUGUUCUACUUGUAUUGUACCUCCGUUGUUGAUUGACAACAUUCAAGCUUUCAGUACAGUACACAAGUCGAGUAUUGCACCGAUUGAAAUUUUAUUAAAUUUUAGUACAAUAUAAGUUAAGUGUUCACAAUAUUAUUCAAAUGAAAUGUUCUUCGUGUGUUUAUAGUUGAUAGAUUUUCCCAUCAAUCGACGGGUUCUUCUAAUUUCUAGUCGUUGUAGGCCUAUUCGGAACUGAGAUUAUGUUGACUCAAAGUGAAUCGCCUUGAAAAGUGGUCAGCUGUUUUUAAAAACUACGCAACAGUGUCUGACUUGUUUUUGAAAAGUUAUGUUCAUCACACAACAAUACGACACUUUUCAUUCUUCUGGAAUACAGAAUACAGUAGGUAAGAUUACAGCAAGAAUGAUUCCAACAGAGGUACUGGGAGGUGGCAUCCUCCUGCUGCUGGUGUAUGUGUUGAGUGCCAGCCACGUGGCUCGCUACUACGCCAAGUUCACGCUCUUCUUUGUGUUGAUCACCAUAGCUGCCACCGUAUUCAUCCCUCUGAUGCUGCUCACGCCACGCGAUUACAGGAAUGCAUUAUUACCUUCAUGGGGCGCCAGACAAAUCUCUAAGCUGCUGGGACUGCAGUGGAAAGUCAGAGGUCUGGAGAAUGUCGUCAAAGACUCAGGCUGUGUGGUCAUCAUCAAUCAUCAGAGUGCACUGGAUCUAUUAGUAUUGGCAGAAAUAUGGCCCCUGAUGGAGAGAUGCACAGUGAUAUCCAAGCGAGAGUUGUUCUACCUGUGGCCAUUCGGGUUGGCAUGCUGGCUGUGGGGAACCAUAUUCAUCGACCGGCUCAAUGUCGAGAAAGCCAUCACUACUGUCAAUAACACUGGUCAAACUAUUCGCACAAAAAAGGUUAGUUCCAUCUUUCCUAUCAUUCUCAACUGCCAUUAUGGCGUUUGCCUCCCUAUAGGCCUAUAGUCUGAAUAAAAUAAGUUAAGACUUGGCCCUUCAUCCGAAGAUAUUACAGGGUUGCC